AUGGCAUCUCGCUCUGAUCUUGGAGAUGUUACUCCCAACAACUUGGGCCAAGUUAGAAUUCUUCACAAAGUCUUGUUUCCAGUACACUAUGGCGACAACUUUUACAACGACUUGUUGGAAGCUGGAGAAUUUGCAAAAUUAGCUUAUUACAAUGAUGUUUGCGUUGGUACAGUGUGCUGUCGCAAGGAAGCUGAUGAAAGCAAUCCUGAGAAGUUCAAGGUUUACAUCAUGACUUUAGGUAUCUUGGAGCCCUACCGUCAUCUCGGGUUAGGCUCUCAAUUAGUCCAACACAUUUUAGAACAAGCUAAAUUAGCCAAAGACAUCACCCAAGUUUAUUUGCAUGUUCAGACCAUCAACACAGCUGCUGUCGACUUUUACAAAAAGAACCAAUUCGAGGUUGUUGGCACUGAGAAGGAUUAUUACAAGAAUAUAGAAAAUAGAGACGCCUAUCUUUUGUCAAAGGACAUUGAACAAUAA